AUGUCGUUGUCGUUCCAGCAAUCCUUGCCGGCGCAUCUGCUUCCCGACCGUGAGAUUCACGUUGUCGUCUCGAUUCUGUCUGGGCGCCACAAAGCCAAAGAGUAUUAUGAAGAAUCCAUCAAACCUUUACUCGACCGUCACGGUAUUAUAUACUACACACACGAAACCAAGUCUACAAAGACUAUCAUCGAGCUGACCGAGAAACUUUUCAUCGUGAACGCGCGACAAGGUGUCAAGCAAACUAUCAUUCUGCUCUCUGGAGAUGGCGGCGUCGUCGAUAUUGUCAACACUUUUACAACUCUCUUAAAUCGGAGGAACGACGACAUUCGAGCUCCUUCAAUAUUCCUCAAGCCUGCCAUUGUCCUGAUACCCAUGGGAACCGCGAAUGCUUUGGCAUGGAGCUCUGGUGUUGCGCAAGACCCUCUCAAGACUCUGAUGGAAGGAAGACCAAAAUCGUUGCCUUCCUUCAAGGUUUGCUUUAGUCGCGGCGCGGAGCUCCUUGUCAAUGAAGGCCGGGACCGGGAAGCCAUAGGCGAUGAGGACGAGGAUGAGCCUGUCAUGUACGGCGCAGUGGUCUGUAGUUGGGGCCUCCACGCGAGCCUGGUGGCAAUGAGCGAUACGACGGAAUAUCGCAAGCACGGUCUGGCGAGAUUCUCAAUGGCAGCAGAACAGCUAUUGAAAGAAGCUCACCAGUACAGAGGCAAAGUCAAAUGGCGGAAAGCGGACGGCGAGUGGGGAGACCUGCAUGGAUUACAGCACUCCUACGUGCUAGCCACUAUGGUAUCUAACUUGGAGGAGCAUUUCCAGAUCUCCCCAGCCACCAAGCCCCUCGAUGGGACUCUGCGACUCGUCGCCAUUGGCGCUGAACCGGCCUCGGAAAUUAUGCGAAUUCUGCAACUAGCCUACCAAUCUGGGAAGCACGUCACAGACCCAAAGGUGACAUAUGAAGAGAUUGAAGGUUUGAGGAUGGAAUUUGAUGAGGAAGAAGAACGGUGGAGGAUGGUUUGCGUCGACGGGAAGAUUGUCGCAGCAACACAAGGCGGCUGGGUCGAAGUCACCAGGAUCCCCGCAACAGGCAUGGAUGCGAGACGAGUCGUCGAACUAGUGUGCUGA